AGCCAUUUUGGCUCAAGCCGACUUGUGGCACGGUCUCCCACGGUCCCCGCGGCAGUGGCGUGGCAUGGAGGCUGCUCUCGUUGAGGCGGCGGCCAAGGGUGCCGCCGAGGGUGGAGGCAGCCGCCAGGUGGUGGCAGCGGCGGUCGCUGCGGCCUGCAGGUGCGUCAUGGCUUCGGCGCAGCCUGCGCAUGCCGGAGGCGACGACGUAGCGGAGCUCGCGGUGCGCCUCGCCGCGAUGGCUCCGGCGAUGCUGCAGCGCAUUAGGGGGCAGUGGCCUGACGGGCAGGCGCGCUCGCGCCGAAACGUGGGCGCCCACUGGCACCUGGGCAAGGCCGACCUCCCGAUCGAGCUGCUCGAGGAGGCCCUCCUGGACCCGCAGCGCUCGCAGAGGGGGGCGCGCCAGCACGCGCAGUACAUGGUCAAGAAGUCCGACGAGAAGGAGGCCCAGCUCGCGAUGGCGAUCAAGGCCGAGCACGGGGAGGAGGUGCUGGAUGGCAUCGACAACCCCGUCAAGAUGAAGGUAAAGGCGGACGGCAACUUCCAGCAGCCAGUCGAGGUGACGCAGCAGGAGGGGGAGCCGAUCAAGAAGGACAUCGAGUGCGCCUCGAAGGAGGUGCUGAGCAACAAGUUUGAGAAGGUUGUGGAUUCCUCGCGUAUGGUGGACUCUCCUUGCGUGCUCGAGCUGUCUGAGUACGACUGGUCUGCCAACAUGGUGCGCAUCACGACGGCGCAGGCACCGAAGGACUCCAUGACCGACAAUGCCGAGUCGGAGGGCGAUCUUCUUGACGGUAAGACCUUCCGCAACCUGCCGAACCCCAUGGGCUCGGGCAGGGACAAGGUGCGGAGCGGCGGCAAGGCCAAGAGCAAGGGCCACCCCUCGUGACUGCCCCGCCGCCGCCCGCCGCGGCUGCAGCUACAGAGGCUGCAGUCAUCGGCGCUAGCCACGUCAGAAGGCUAUCGCUUCUGCCCGCGAGCAA